AUGGGAACUCCGUUCGUAUUCUUAGCAUUUUUUUGUACGCUGUCACUGUACUUUGCCAUAAUUGAUGGUAUUCCUACUACCAUUGCUGGUAAAUCCAUACCAAGCAAUGACGAUCUUAUAGACUUGAUUGAAGUAUUAUCGAGGGUUAAAUUUCUACUAUAUACACAAAAAGAUCCCAAAGGUUAUAAUUUAAAAUUUCUCGACGCGCAAAAUCUUUCUAACUCCACGUGGAAUUCAACUAAACAUACAAAAUUCAUUACACAUGGCUGGCUCGAUAAUGGUUACAGUACACCUUGCGCAAAAAUUCGUAAUGCCUUUCUAACAGCAGGCGAUUUCAAUGUCAUCGUAAUUGAUUGGGAACCUAUCGCAACUGAUUUUUACUUUAAAGCUAAAGCAAGUAUACCUGGCGUUGCCAAAUAUGUGGCUAAAUUUUUAAAUUUUAUUAAUGCUAUUGGCGGACUUGAUUUUGAUGAAACAUUAUUGGUUGGUCACGGUUUGGGUGCACAUCUUAUCUCACUCUCAGCAAAAUAUGCUGACGGUAAAAUUGGACAAGUACUUGGUCUUGAUCCUGUUAGACGAGGUUACAGCGAUGCUGAUGAGAAUACAAGAAUCGAUAAAUCUCAUGCUGAAUACGUACAAGUAAUUCAUACUAGUUCUGGAAAAUUAGGCUUAGAUGGUAAUUUUGGUACAUCAGAUUUCAUUGUGAAUGGUGGAAAGUCACAACCUGGAUGUGGUUAUUUAGAUAUAUUCGGAGAUUGUGCUCAUGCACAAUCAUAUGAAUAUUAUGCCGAAUCCAUUUUAAAUGCUAAUGGUUUCAAAGGUACUAGAUGCAGUGAAUUUACUUCCUGUCUUACUGCAAACAUGGGUGGACCUACUCUCGAUACAUCUGCUGUUGGAGUUUACGAAGUUACUACUGCUAGUACUCCUCCUUACGCUUUAGGAUAAUUAUCGCGUAUGAUAUAUUUAUUAUUUUAUUUUAGUAUUAAAAAAUAAAAUUAUUUUUAUGCAUAUUAAACAUUUUCUGCAUUGUUCUCAAUUAUUUAAAAUUAUGAAACGCAUAUACAAUAAAACAUUUACUACAAGCUAUCAAAGAUAUAGCUGUUGCUUA